AGAGAAGAAGGUGCAUCAGUGGAGGUAGGCCCUUCCAAGGAGCCGCUUGUGAUUGGUUAGAGAAGACGGAGCUCAGUCCUCCGCACUGCCCCCAUCACCACCAGCCCUCAGCCUCUCCUUGCACUUUCUGUCCCCUAGAGUCCCAUUCUGUUCUGGCAGCGGUUCCAGGCGUCUUGUGCCAUGGCCAGGGAUUUGGUACCUUUCUCUCUCCAGAGACAGUAGCAGCCUCUAGCAUUUUCCAUUGAGAGCAGCCUGCUGGCAGACACUGCUUUGGGAGCAGCAUCGCCUACAGAGGCCCACCUUGUGUCCAGUUCUCUGAGGAGCUGCACCCUAACAUGAGAUUGGGACCUUUUUAAAAGCCAGCUCUUCCUGGAAGUUGGAUUUGUUUAUUUAGCGUAUCUGCUUUUUUCUGUCUCAAGGUCUCCAUUCGCUACAAUUGGCCCAUGUUUUGGGAAGGAAGGAAAGAAGAACAGGCAGAUGGGUGCACACACAUUGUUCCAGCACUCCCCUGGGGUGGAGUCCUGCGCCCUGGAACUCCACAGAACUUGGUAGCUUCUUCAGUAUUGCAGACCUUACCCCUGGCUGUUCCUCAAUCCUGCCUCCUGGGAUGAUACAGCUCUGGGGCUAGAGGGAGCACUUGCUGUCUUCCUAGCCUCUGGUCCUCUGGUCUCAUUGCUUACUUACCGUGGCCUUAGAUCUGAGUUAAAGACAGGCGUCUAGCCCUAGGAGGAGAAUUAACUUUCCUCCAGCAAGUCUGACAGCUAGACCUGUGGAAAGUAAGCAGCACCUCAGAAGCCAGGCUCCUGGGCUGUGCGCUAUAGAGUGGGAGCAGCCUUAACCGGAGGCAGCAGGGUAAGGGGACUCCUUAUUUUGAAAAGCUGGGCUUUGGGGCACAAGGCAGAACACAUUUCUCCUCCUAGAAGCCAGAGCAAACACAGUGCCAGGACAGCAGCAAAAUAAAUAAUUGCAGGGAUCCGAUUAAGAAUCCUGAGGCGCUGGGAUCUGCUCACACUCCUGUCCCAAAGUGGCUGAGGGUACUGCAGGCAGAGGAUAAGGAGGGAGUUGUCUGCUGUUAACUCUGAUAAGCAGGCAAUGUGCCUCCGCCUCUGGUGGAGUGUUCUGCAGCUGUAGGUUGGGUAGCCUGUGUCUCCUUCAGAGGUGCCCGUGAUGAUGUGCUCUCGUGAUGCUAGACCACCAAGCAGAGGAGGCAGUACAGCUUCAGUUACCAAGAUAAACAGGCUGUUCUGUCCUCCGUGGUGGCCAUAAACACCCGAUUCUUCUAUUGUCUCCAAGGGUUGUCAUGCAGUCUCCACAAAUCCCCCUGAGUGAGACCAUCUUCAGUUUCUGGUUCUCUACUGUUGUCUGAGUCCUCGGAAGACACCUUGGGCUGAAUUCAGGGUGACAUUGUGUUCUGGCCCUCCUUGCUACAGUUCAGCAUCUCUUCCUUGAUCUUCAAGUUUGCCUUCAGUUCCCCUCGAGGUACCAGCCACCUUGAGACACCUACUUCAAGGGACUAGGAGAUGCCAGGUUUGCCCCCUCCCGCUAUCUUCUUCCCUAGCCCCGUCCUUCCGUCACUGUCACGCCUCCCUCCCUGUCCCCUGCUUCUCUGUCCAGCAGAGGAGAAGCUGCAAAGGACAAAAAAAAAAAAAAAUCAUAAAAAAGGAGAGUUGGGGUCAUUUCUUCUCCCAUCUCUGCCAUUUCUCGCCUGUCAUGGGGUGAAGUAAAUCAGGCAAAUUACUGGGGUCAGAAAACAAAACAAAAACAAAGCUUUCCUGGACAGCAGAUAAGAGACCACGUAACUACCUCCCGCGCGUGGGCGAACCAGCCAGGUCUCUCCGCCUCCUGCGGUCUUCCCGCAUAAAGUGACGGCGCUGCCCCGCCCACCUUCGCGCGUCACGGAACAAUCCUUGAACUAUAAUUCCCAGAGGACCAAGCGGUGGUGCGCGCUCACUCCGAACUACACAUCCCAAGAUGCAUCACGCAACCGCGUCUCCUACUACUGCGCAAGAGCGGAACCGCUUUUGCUUUCCGGCUAGUAUUUAGGUGUGCGCCGAGCGUUCUGUAACGCUGUUUUGGAGUCCGUGGCUGUAUAGGCACGGCAGCUUUACAGAAAAGAUGAGCGAGGAAUCCAAUGAUGAUAAGAAGCCAACGACUAAGUUUGAACUAGAGCGAGAAACAGAGCUUCGAUUUGAGGUGGAGGCAUCUCAGUCAGUUCAGUUGGAGUUGUUGGCUGGCAUGGCGGAAAUCUUUGGCACAGAGCUGACCAGAAACAAGAAAUUCACCUUUGAUGCUGGUGCCAAGGUGGCUGUUUUCACUUGGCAUGGCUGUUCUCUGCAGUUGAGUGGCCGGACCGAGGUGGCUUAUGUCUCUAAGGACACCCCUAUGUUGCUUUACCUCAACACUCAUACAGCCUUGGAGCAGAUGCGGAGGCAGGCAGAAAAGGAAGAAGAGAGAGGUCCCCGCGUGAUGGUAGUGGGUCCUACUGAUGUGGGCAAGUCCACGGUGUGUAGACUGCUACUCAACUACGCAGUGCGUUUGGGCCGCCGUCCUACUUACGUGGAGUUGGAUGUAGGCCAGGGCUCUGUGUCCAUCCCUGGUACCAUGGGGGCCCUGUACAUUGAGCGUCCAGCAGAUGUGGAAGAAGGUUUCUCCAUCCAGGCCCCUCUUGUGUAUCAUUUUGGCUCUACCACACCUGGGACCAACAUCAAGCUUUAUAAUAAGAUUACAUCUCGUUUAGCAGAUGUGUUCAACCAAAGGUGUGAAGUGAAUAGAAGGGCUUCUGUGAGUGGCUGUGUCAUCAACACCUGUGGCUGGGUCAAGGGCUAUGGGUACCAGGCUCUGGUGCACGCAGCUUCAGCCUUUGAGGUGGAUGUGGUUGUGGUUCUGGAUCAAGAACGACUGUACAAUGAAUUGAAAAGGGACCUCCCUCAUUUUGUUCGAACUGUGUUGCUCCCAAAAUCAGGGGGUGUGGUAGAACGCUCCAAGGACUUCCGUCGGGAAUGUAGAGAUGAACGUAUCCGUGAGUAUUUCUAUGGAUUCCGAGGCUGUUUCUAUCCCCAUGCCUUCAAUGUCAAAUUUUCUGAUGUGAAAAUCUACAAAGUUGGAGCACCCACCAUCCCAGACUCCUGUUUACCUCUGGGCAUGUCUCAGGAAGACAACCAGCUCAAGUUAGUACCUGUCACCCCUGGUAGAGAUAUGGUGCACCAUCUCCUGAGUGUCAGCACUGCUGAGGGCACAGAAGAAAAUCUUUCUGAGACAAGUGUGGCUGGAUUCAUUGUUGUGACCAGUGUGGAUGUGGAACACCAGGUGUUUACUGUCCUGUCUCCAGCCCCCCGCCCAUUGCCUAAGAACUUUCUUCUCAUCAUGGAUAUCCGGUUCAUGGAUCUCAAGUAGUAAUAGCAAGAAGCCUCACUUUCUGGGCCAUAGAGUUCUGGCCAUCACCAAAGGCAGAUGGAAUGAACUAUAGCAAUCUUAUUAAGGCAGCUGACAAGGCCCAACUAGCAGAAAGCACAGUCUCUACCUCUUGAAACAGUUAGAAGCCAGAUUCCUGGCUACUAUUUGGUUCAUUUACUCUGAGCCAAAAGGAGACAGCUCAAAAAGAAAAUUUUUUUAAGAUCACCUAAGGUACCAUUUUAAAGAUUCCAAGACCCUAGAGAAUUCCAUGUCUUCCACUGUGCUACCAUGUGGGUUUUCUUGUUAACACUUUCUAAUAUCUCUAUAUAGUAUUUCUUAUAUUAUUUAACCAGGAUGAAAGUGAGAAAGAGUUCAAAAUUGAAAACAAUUAUUUUAAUAAAUACUAUUGACAUAAAA